AUGGCAGGCGAUACCACUAAGCAGCGGCCCGGUAUUAAAUUCACCUUGGAAGAACUCGUCAACUGCUGCUAUAUUCUUGACGGUAUAAACGAACGAGACUUUAGGAGUUAUUUGACCUUAAUAAACAACGACAGUGCACACACAACAAAAGAUUAUCCCAAGCUACUCGCCCAAUAUUUAUCAAAAAAGAAAGAUCCCGUGUCCAAUGUCGCGGGUUUGAAAUUCCUAGCGCCUUCAGAAAGUAUCAAUGACAGCUUCAAGCAUUUUCGUCUAAAUUCACAAGACAAUAACACCGAUGGGAAUAACAAGCCGCCUUCAUUAGUAUUGAAAGUUCAGACUUCAGAUGGCUCAUUGGAGAAAAUCAAUCCUUCUCGUUCGAACUCGACAAUUCUGGAAACUAAAACCAUAAAUUCCCAUGACCAACUCCUACUUGACAGGGUCCAAAAUUUGAUUGAAAUAUCGAAAAAAUUCAAGCAGUUUGUAUUGAAAUACCGUUGUGAGGAAAACUUGGAAUUUCUUAUUGAAAUCUACAACUACGAAAAGAUUUGGAACGUUUGCUUUGCUGAUAGAAGGUUCAGUAUCUUGAAGUGCAAAUUGCCAGAGCUAAACAACAUCAAUAUUGCGAUGUAUCCCCAGAAAAAGCUGGUUGUAUCAUCACAUUCGCACCCGCUGGUUCAAAAAUCAUCAAUUGCCUCAUCAAUUGAUUCAAACAAGCUAUCCGCUAUCUCUGGCAAGUCUUCCGCAAUAAUUGAUGCGUUUCUGAACAUGAAGGGCAGUUUUGAUGUGUCAUCAAUCGUUGACAUUGCGUUAGUAAAUUCCGAGAUCAAUCAUGGCGGAUAUAAUUCGGAAUUAUCGAAUGAUUGGGAUUAUGAAUUUGCGAAAAAAUUCGACAAUUCUAAAAUUAAUGAGACGCCAAACCCUUCUUCAAAAGAUGUUUUACCACCAACGCAAAUCAACAUUAUCGAAGAAAUUGAUCCAUUAUGUGGCGCCGGUGAUAAUCAACUUCUAUGCCCAUGUGAUCAAGCAACACCGACUUCGCCAUCUAACCCAGUGAAUCCUAAUCUCAACGAUAAACUAGUUGAUAGGGUCAGAGGGUUAUUAAUCGAAAAAUGGGAAAGCCUUAUGGAUACUUUUGUCAAUGAGGAUGCCCCUCAUCAAAUAAACUUACCCCAAGAUGUGCUAGAUAACAUUCAAUCAGAAAAUAAAAAUCAAGACGUGUGGUAUCACUCGCCCCUGGUGCUUGUUCCGGCUAAGGAUUCGGUGGUAGAAAUCCUUCGGGAUAAUAUCUAUAACCCAUUUAUUAAGGAGUUUUCUAAGAACCUAGGAAAACAAGAGAAACAUCAGAAAUUAGCAAAACCAGAAAAUACACCACCGUCAACAGAAAAUAUAUCAUCGGCGUCAAAGACUGGUGAUCUUUCCUUGAUAUCUAGUAAUCUACUGGAUAAACCAACAAAGAUCAAGACGGAAAAUAUUCCGAAAUCAGACACUAGUACCAUAGAUAGUAUUGAGCAGUUUACCAAAGAUUCUACAAGCGCCCCUAGAACUCGUCCUAACCUGUCACAAACUUCAAGAUCCUCAAAAGCUCCUUUAUCCUCAUCAUCCUUUGAAAGCGCCGAUAAUAACUCCGCUAAAUCAAAAUCAACUACAUCCCCACUUUCUUCAACAUCAAAGGCCUCUUCUGCAAUGCCCGCGGUUCCGGUGAAAUGCCCAUGUGGGGUCAUCGGCACUGAAUCUUCCUAUUCGCCUAAACCUCCACUUAAUAAGAAAAUCGGAGGUUGGCUCAGAAUUAAGAAUCUUAUGCAAAAGCAGAAGCAUUGA